AUGCGCGGUGCCUCCAUCCUCAAAGCCAACGACGACAAGACCCGCUCCCUUAACAAGCACACCCUCAUGGCCUUCGUAGGCGAAGCUGGUGACACGGUUCAAUUCGCCGACUACGCCCAAGCCAACAUCCAACUCUACAGCAUGCGCAACAACUCUGAGCUCUCGCCCUAUGAGGUAUCAUCCUUCAUUCGAAGUGAGCUGGCCAAGAGCUUGCGGUCGAAGAACCCGUACACAGUGAAUCUGCUGCUUGGAGGUUACGACGCCAUCAAGCAGAAGCCGGAGCUGUUUUGGAUCGAUUAUCUGGCGUCGUCAGCACCAGUGCCAUACGCGGCACACGGGUAUGCGCAGUACUACUGUCUAUCCAUCCUGGACAAGCAUCAUCAUCCGGAUAUCAGCUUUGAGCAGGGCAUGAAGUUGUUGAGGAUGUGUACGGACGAGUUGAAGAGGCGGUUACCGAUUGACUUCAAGGGUGUGCUUGUGAAGGUGGUGAACAAGGACGGUGUGACAUUGCAGGAGUAUCCAGAAGGCGAGCAGAUGUAUGCGCCGUAG